AUGAUGAUCGAAGAGCACAGAGCCAAUGCAUCAAAUGUUGAAGGACUCCAACAAACAUCCACUACAAUCAUUGAUAUUGUCAAUGAGAUCAAGAGCAUCAACAACUUGUUCAGACCGACGCCCGAGGACUCACCCGCCAUCAUCGAACAGCCAAGUGCCGAGUUGAUCGAUGGGAUCAUCCAAACAAUCGCCACAUGUACCACGAUCGACGAGUUCAUCCAGCGUACGUUCCCAGCUGCAGCGCCAAUGUCCGACGGUGGUGCCGGGGACUUGUUCCCAAGCACAGACACUCAGCUGUUGACCAUGUUGCAGCUCAUAGUGACAAAGAUCAACAACGCACCAGAGUUCAAGGUUGUGCCGGCAUCAAAGUUGGAGAUUGAUCAAGGCUUGAUGUCCUACAUCAAGUCUCAGAUACGUGACUGCUUCCAAGAGCUGGGCGAGAGGGAGAAGUUCACUCAUGACUUGGACAGCCAGAUCAUGAGUAUUGGCCCGGAGUCAAUGACAUUCUUCUCGCCAAUGACUAACACGUGGACCGAUGGCCCAGAUCAGACUUUCCCAGGAAUUCAAGAUUUCAAUUUGUCAACUGUAUAUGCGCGAGGACACGUCUAUUUGUUUGGUACUGGAGACAAUUAUGACUCUUACAGCCGCUUCUCACUGGCCACCCGUCAAUGGGAACACAGCCCAGUGCCAAGCCUUGAGAAUGGUUUCUAUUGUUCGGCCUGUUAUGAUGGAGAUAAGAUAAUCUACGUGAUCGGCAAUGAAACUGGUCAUCAGGAUAAUGCCAAGAUAUUCAGCUUUAACAUCGACACUCAACAGCUUGUACAUGUUGGCAAGUUUGACGCGAGGCUAACGAUCAUGCCAUCCUACGUGGACUACCACAAUCAGGUCCUCUACUCUAUCGAUGUUGCCACUAUGGGGGAAAAUGAUAUUGCUUCAACAGAGUGCAUCGACACAUUUAACUUGAUCACCAAGGAUCAAGCAACGAUCCCUCUCCCUGGCUCUGUCUACUCAUCUGUCUCUGAUGGUCAGGGCAUGUUGUACAUGAUCGUCUGGACACCGGAGCAAACAGCGUUCAUCAGCCUAUCGCUGACCAGUCAAGAGAUAGUCUACCUUACGGAUGUGCCACCCCCAGCGGAAGGACGGAGGAGAGCGUAUAAAGGUCUGCUGUGCUCCUCAUCGGAGAAAGGAACACUAUAUCUUCUGGAGGGUCAAGAUAGCAAUUACCGAUACUCUAUUGACAAUGGACAGUGGACAAAGAUCGUUGACAACGACACCAGCAUCUCACAUACUUCUCAAGGAAAGUUGCACCAUCACACAUUGUCCGACAAGGGACAUGCUGGCCUAGGCCAUGGUUUAUACCAUAAACUCAUAGACAUAUAG